GAGGACAAUAGAGAGCUAUGUGGAUAAACGAAUGGGUACAACGUAUGGCCCUCCGGCAGGAAAAAAGAUGACUGUUUUUAUUGAUGAUGUGAAUAUGCCAAUAAUCAAUGAAUGGGGAGAUCAGGUUACGAAUGAGAUAGUGCGACAAUUGAUGGAACAAAACGGAUUCUAUAACCUGGAAAAACCUGGGGAGUUCACCAGCAUCGUGGACAUACAGUUUUUGGCGGCCAUGAUCCAUCCUGGUGGUGGACGCAAUGACAUUCCCCAGAGACUCAAGAGGCAGUUCUCUAUAUUUAACUGCACGCUGCCCUCUGAGGCUUCCAUGGACAAGAUCUUUGGUGUGAUUGGGGUAGGCUACUGCUGUACUCAGAGGGGUUUCUCAGAAGAAGUGAGAGAUUCUGUGACAAAAUUGGUGCCCCUGACACGCCGACUAUGGCAGAUGACCAAGAUUAAAAUGCUUCCCACCCCUGCAAAAUUCCAUUAUGUGUUUAACCUACGAGAUCUUUCUCGGAUCUGGCAGGGAAUGCUGAACACUACUUCAGAGGUCAUCAAGGAACCAAAUGAUAUGUUAAAGCUGUGGAAGCAUGAAUGUAAACGUGUUAUAGCUGACCGUUUCACGGUGCCCAGUGAUGUGACCUGGUUUGAUAAGGCUUUAGUAAGUUUGGUAGAGGAGGAGUUUGGUGAAGAGAAAAAACUCCUGGUGGAUUGUGGAAUUGACACAUAUUUUGUGGAUUUCUUGAGAGAUGCACCUGAAGCUGCAGGUGAAACAUCUGAAGAGGCUGAUGCUGAAAUGCCUAAAAUUUAUGAGCCAAUUGAAUCUUUUAGUCACCUAAAAGAGCGUCUCAAUAUGUUCCUGCAGCUCUAUAAUGAGAGCAUCCGUGGCGCCGGCAUGGACAUGGUGUUCUUUGCAGAUGCCAUGGUUCACUUAGUCAAGAUCUCUCGAGUCAUUCGUACUCCUCGGGGAAAUGCCCUCUUGGUCGGGGUGGGCGGAUCAGGAAAGCAGAGCCUGACGAGGUUGGCUUCGUUCAUUGCUGGCUACAUUUCCUUCCAGAUCACUCUGACGAGAUCCUACAACACAUCAAAUCUGAUGGAAGAUCUGAAGAUUUUGUAUAGAACGGCUGGUCAACAAGGCAAAGGAAUCACUUUUAUUUUCACAGACAAUGAGAUUAAAGAUGAGUCAUUUUUGGAAUAUAUGAACAAUGUUUUAUCAUCAGGUGAGGUCUCUAACCUAUUUGCUCGAGAUGAAAUUGAUGAAAUUAAUAGCGACUUGAUGUCAGUCAUGAAAAAAGAAUUCCCCAGGUGCCCUCCUACCAAUGAGAACCUGCAUGACUACUUCAUGAGUCGGGUCCGACAGAACCUUCAUAUUGUGCUCUGCUUCUCACCAGUGGGGGAGAAAUUUCGAAACAGAGCUUUGAAGUUUCCUGCCCUCAUUUCAGGAUGCACGAUUGACUGGUUCAGCCGAUGGCCUAAAGAUGCUUUAGUUGCUGUGUCUGAACACUUACUCGCUUCCUAUGAUAUUGACUGCACUUUGGAAGUCAAGAAGGAGGUGGUCCAAUGCAUGGGCUCCUUCCAGGAUGGGGUGGCCGAGAAGUGUGUUGAUUAUUUCCAGAGAUUCCGACGUUCUACCCAUGUGACGCCCAAAUCAUACCUCUCCUUUAUUCAGAGUUAUAAGUUCAUAUAUGAAGAAAAGCAUGUGGAGGUGCAGACCCUGGCCAACAGAAUGAAUACUGGAUUGGAAAAGCUCAAAGAAGCUUCAGAGUCUGUUGCAGCCUUGAGCAAAGAACUGGAAGUGAAGGAAAAGGAACUACAAGUAGCCAACGAUAAAGCCGACAUGGUCUUAAAAGAAGUGACAAUGAAAGCGCAGGCUGCUGAAAAGGUCAAGGCUGAGGUACAGAAGGUCAAGGACAGGGCCCAGGCCAUUGUGGACAGCAUCUCUAAAGACAAAGCCAUUGCUGAAGAAAAACUGGAAGCAGCAAAACCAGCUUUAGAAGAGGCAGAAGCUGCAUUGCAGACCAUCAAGCCUUCGGACAUCGCCACGGUCCGCACCUUGGGCCGCCCCCCUCACCUCAUCAUGCGGAUCAUGGAUUGUGUACUGCUCCUGUUUCAAAGGAAAGUCAAUGCUGUGAAAAUUGACCUGGAAAAAAGCUGUACCAUGCCCUCUUGGCAGGAAUCCUUAAAACUGAUGACGGCAGGGAACUUUUUACAGAACUUACAGCAAUUCCCAAAAGACACGAUCAAUGAAGAGGUGAUAGAGUUUUUGAGUCCGUACUUUGAAAUGGCUGACUAUAACAUCGAAACUGCUAAACACGUCUGUGGAAAUGUAGCUGGUCUUUGUUCCUGGACGAAAGCCAUGGCUUCCUUCUUUUCUAUAAACAAAGAAGUGCUGCCUCUGAAGGCCAACUUGGUGGUGCAGGAGAAUCGCCAUGUCCUGGCCAUGCAGGAUCUGCAGAAAGCCCAGGCCGAGCUGGACGACAAGCAGGCGGAACUUGACGUGGUGCAGGCUGAGUAUGAACAGGCCAUGACUGAAAAACAGACCUUGCUUGAAGAUGCAGAGCGAUGCAGACAAAAGAUGCAAACAGCUUCCACGCUUAUCAGUGGCUUAGCCGGUGAAAAAGAAAGAUGGACGCAGCAAAGUCAAGAGUUUGCUGCACAAACUAAACGGCUUGUAGGGGAUGUUCUAUUGGCUACAGCUUUUCUGUCUUAUUCUGGUCCAUUUAACCAAGAGUUUCGUGAUAUUCUGUUAAAUGACUGGCAGAAGGAGAUGAAAGCCCGGAAAAUUCCGUUUGGAAAGAAUCUAAAUCUCAAUGAGAUGUUGAUUGAUGCUCCUACUAUUAGUGAAUGGAACCUCCAAGGUCUGCCAAAUGAUGACCUGUCCAUUCAAAAUGGAAUUAUUGUCACAAAGGCAUCUCGCUACCCUUUGUUAAUUGAUCCACAGACCCAAGGCAAGAUCUGGAUUAAAAAUAAAGAAAGCCGAAAUGAACUCCAGAUCACAUCUUUAAAUCACAAGUACUUUAGAAACCACCUGGAGGACAGCCUUUCUCUUGGAAGGCCCUUGCUUAUCGAAGAUGUUGGGGAGGAACUAGAUCCAGCACUCGAUAAUAUUUUGGAAAGAAACUUCAUUAAAACUGGGUCCAUCUUUAAGGUGAAAAUUGGUGACAAGGAAGUAGAUGUGAUGGAUGGCUUUAGACUCUACAUUACCACCAAGCUGCCUAACCCAGUCUACACCCCUGAGAUAAGUGCUCGUACGUCCAUCAUUGACUUCACUGUCACCAUGAAAGGUCUAGAAGACCAGUUACUGGGGAGGGUCAUUCUCACAGAGAAGCAGGAAUUGGAGAAAGAAAGAACUCAUCUGAUGGAAGAUGUAACCGCAAACAAAAGAAGGAUGAAGGAACUGGAAGAUAACUUGCUUUACCGCCUCACAAGUACCCAGGGGUCCCUGGUAGAAGAUGAGAGUCUUAUUGUUGUGCUGAGCAACACAAAAAGGACAGCCGAGGAGGUAACACAGAAACUAGAAAUUUCUGCUGAGACAGAAGUUCAAAUUAACUCAGCCCGGGAGGAAUACAGACCUGUGGCUACACGGGGCAGCAUCCUCUACUUCCUCAUUACCGAGAUGCGCUUGGUUAAUGAGAUGUAUCAGACUUCACUCCGCCAGUUUCUGGGCUUAUUUGACCUUUCCUUAGCCAGGUCCGUCAAGAACCCAAUUACAAGCAAGAGGAUUGCUAAUGUCAUCGAGCACGUGACCUAUGAGGUUUAUAAGUAUGCUGCCCGAGGGCUGUAUGAGGAGCACAAGUUCCUGUUCACCUUGUUGCUUACCCUAAAGAUCGACAUCCAGAGGGACCGGGUCAAGCAUGAAGAGUUUCUCACUCUUAUUAAAGGUGGUGCCUCAUUAGACCUUAAAACCUGUCCUCCAAAACCAUCAAAAUGGAUCCUGGACAUGACUUGGCUGAAUUUGGUAGAACUUAGCAAACUUAGACAAUUUUCAGAUAUCCUUGAUCAGAUAUCAAGAAAUGAGAAAAUGUGGAAAAUCUGGUUUGAUAAGGAAAACCCAGAAGAGGAACCUUUUCCAAAUGCCUAUGGCAAAUCUCUUGACUGCUUCGGACGCCUUCUCCUUAUUAGAUCCUGGUGUCCUGACAGAACCAUUGCCCAGGCCCGCAGGUACAUCGUGGACUCCAUGGGAGAAAAAUAUGCUGAAAGUGUUAUUCUAGACUUGGAGAAGACGUGGGAGGAAUCUGAUCCUCGGACGCCGCUCAUCUGUCUCCUGUCUAUGGGCUCAGACCCAACAGAUUCCAUCAUUGCCUUGGGGAAGAGAUUAAAAAUAGAAACCCGUUAUGUGUCCAUGGGCCAGGGCCAGGAGGUCCAUGCUCGAAAGCUCUUGCAGCAGACCAUGGCUGAUGGAGGAUGGGCACUUCUGCAGAAUUGCCACCUGGGACUUGAUUUCAUGGAUGAGCUGAUGGACAUCAUCAUAGAAACUGAGACUGUGCAUGAUGCGUUCCGCCUCUGGAUGACCACAGAGGUUCACACGCAGUUUCCCAUUACACUCCUUCAGAUGUCCAUUAGAUUUGCCAACGAUCCUCCACAGGGCCUCCGGGCAGGACUGAAAAGAACGUAUGGUGGUGUGAGCCAAGACCUGCUCGACGUGAGCUCUGGGGCCCAGUGGAAGCCCAUGUUGUAUGCAGUGGCUUUCCUGCACUCCACCGUCCAGGAGAGGCGCAAGUUCGGUGCUCUAGGGUGGAACAUCCCCUAUGAAUUUAACCAAGCGGACUUUAAUGCCACUGUGCAGUUCAUCCAAAACCACCUGGAUGACAUGGAUGUCAAAAAGGGUGUCUCCUGGACCACCAUCCGCUACAUGAUAGGAGAGAUUCAAUAUGGAGGUAGAGUCACUGAUGACUAUGAUAAGAGGUUGUUGAACACAUUUGCUAAGGUUUGGUUCAGUGAAAAUAUGUUUGGACCAGAUUUCAGUUUUUACCAAGGAUACAAUAUUCCAAAAUGCAGCACAGUGGAUAACUAUCUUCAAUAUAUCCAGAGUUUGCCUGCCUACGACAGCCCUGAGGUGUUUGGGCUCCACCCCAAUGCUGAUAUCACCUACCAGAGCAAGCUGGCCAAGGACGUGCUGGACAUCAUCCUAGGCAUCCAACCCAAGGACAGUUCUGGUGGAGGGAAUGAGACCCGGGAGGCAGUGGUGGCCCGGCUGGCUGAUGAUAUGCUGGAGAAGCUGCCCCCAGACUAUGUCCCCUUUGAAGUGAAAGAGAGGCUGCAGAAGAUGGGGCCAUUCCAGCCUAUGAACAUUUUCCUCAGGCAGGAAAUAGACAGGAUGCAAAGGGUACUCAGCCUUGUCCGCAGCACCCUCACUGAGCUGAAGCUCGCUAUUGAUGGCACCAUCGUCAUGAGCGAAAAUCUGCGAGAUGCGUUGGAUUGCAUGUUUGAUGCUAGAAUCCCUGCUUGGUGGAAAAAAGCUUCUUGGGUUUCAAGUACUCUGGGUUUCUGGUUUACUGAACUUAUAGAAAGAAAUAGCCAGUUUACCUCAUGGGUUUUCAAUGGCCGACCUCACUGCUUUUGGAUGACAGGCUUUUUUAACCCCCAGGGAUUUUUAACUGCAAUGCGACAGGAAAUAACUCGGGCCACCAAAGGCUGGGCUCUGGACAAUAUGGUGCUUUGCAAUGAAGUCACCAAAUGGAUGAAGGAUGACAUUUCUGCCCCCGCCACAGAGGGUGUCUACGUCUAUGGCUUAUAUCUUGAAGGCGCUGGCUGGGACAAGAGGAACAUGAAGCUCAUUGAAUCAAAGCCAAAAGUGCUCUUUGAGAUGAUGCCUGUCAUAAGGAUUUAUGCAGAAAACAAUACUUUACGAGAUCCUCGGUUUUAUUCCUGUCCCAUCUAUAAGAAGCCAGUUCGAACGGACUUGAACUACAUUGCCGCUGUGGACCUCAGGACGGUCCAGACCCCUGAACACUGGGUGCUCCGUGGAGUUGCCCUUCUCUGUGAUGUCAAGUAACAUGUGGGGAGUGUCCCCACCCAAUGCUUUGGAAAAUGCAAGAUCUGAAUUAUUAUGACCUUUGUUUCCUCUGUAUGUCUGCUGGACAGUGUAUGUCAGGUCACUCUUGCAAUUAAUGAGCCGCUUAGGUUUUCCCUACUCCUUAAUUGGAUGCUUAUAUUUUACCUGUUUCAUCAUUAGUGACCAACAUCUGUGUUUGUUGAAAAUGUUAUUUAGUGAUAUAAAAGUAAACUUACA